UUUCCGCAGUUAUUUGAAACAACGGAAAGCUUAAAGCGUACGAGUAGAGUCAAAAACAAAAACACAAAACAGAUAAUUAUUCUUAAUUCUUAAUCAAACUGGAAUUAAUUCUCGUUUAAUUAGUUUUUGUUGGCGCUAAGCGGAGCCUUUCGGUGUGGCUAGUUUAGAUUAGCUUAGCACGGAGAGAACGGCGGGUCACGUGACGCGUGUAGAUCAACUUUCACAGAAAUUCGAUAAAGUAAUUUAAUAAAUCCUGAGUGAAAUUCGACAGAGAACGAGAUGGAGAAGCAGGAGCAGACGGAGUGGGACGCAGUGAACCGCCUGCUGCAGCACCACGGCUUCAGACCCGUCCGCUUCACAGACCCCGCGGAGAACAAGAACCUGGCAGACCUGGUGCUGUUGGAGAGGACGUCGUCGUCCGAGCUGCGUGCCACCCUGAAGACGAUGCUGACGGACUCGGAGCGCAGACAGGCGCUGAUCCAGGAGCUCAUCCAAUCCAACAAGAAGUUAAAACAGGAAGUGGAGCAGCAUCAGGCCCGGGCGGUGCGUCAGUCACACAGAGCGGAGGAGCUGGAGGGCGUGCUGGCCGGGGUAAAGGUCAAAGUUCAGGGUCUGGAGGACUCCAUUAUUAAUAAAGCAGCGCAGCAGCGCGGAGAGAGACAGCAACUGCAGCAGGACAAGGAGGACGCCGAGAUGCGCUGUCAGGCUGUGCAGCAGCAGCUCAGUGAUCAGGUGUCCCAGGUGUGUGAGCUGCAGAAGAAACUCCACCUCGCUGUGAAAGAGGAGGAGAAACGCAGCGCUCGCCAGAACCAGGCGUUCCAGCAGUUCCUCAGUCGCUCGGCUCGACUGCACUCGCCUAGUGACCAGCUGAUCCUGGAUGUCAUCAGUGUGUAUGAGUCCCAGCUGCAGCAGCUGCAGGAGAAGCUCAAGAGGUGUGACAGGUGCAGUGUGUGUAAGAGAGACUCGUCUGAGUCUCAGAACACCACAGAGAUAAACACCUCCAGAUACAGAACACUGCUCAAGUCGUAUCAGGAUCAGUUGAAGAAGACUAAAGCGCAGCAUGAAGAGUUGAAGUCAGAGAUUCAGCGUCUCAGACAGGAUCUGGACUCCAGGCCGAGUGGAAAGGAGCUGAAGUGGUGUAAGCAGCAGCUGAGGAGGAUGGAGCGUCUCGUCCAACACACCAACAUCAAGUUGGUGCAGACGGAGACGACUGAGGACCCUCUGAGCUCCAGCGCCGAGACACGACGACACGCUGCAGACACCCAGAGAUACAUCACGGAGAUCUGCUCGGAGCUGAAGGUGCAGGACACAGGUCACGUGGUGGCCGCGAUUAAAGCGCGCUGCAGAGAGGCCGACGCGGCGCUCCGACUCGAGAAGAUCCUUAGUGACAUCACUGCCAUACUGACCAAACCGGGAGCUCCGCUGGCGUUGCCGAGGCAACCCGAUGACGCCGCGGGUUCGGACCUGGACCAGAUCGUCCCUACACUGGAGAUGUGGAGCCGGCAGCUCGCCACUCUGUCCGACCUGCAGCGCUCUGUGAACAGGCUGGUGAAGAGACUGUUGCCGUGGCAGCCGGAGGACGGUGCGUGUCGUCAGGGCGAGUGUGUGACGGUGGAGGACGUGAUGCUGAUGGUGGACACGCUGCUGGACGAGACCGCGCCAGACGACAAGGUGCUGCGCACUCCCACUAAGCCCACCCUGCAGGCCAUGCUGUCUCACUUCCAGAUGCUGUUCGACGUCCCGAGUCUGCGCGGCGUUUACCCGAGGAUGAACGAGGUUUACACGCGACUGGAGGAGAUGAACAACGCCAUGAGGAACCUGAGGGACAUCCUGGACCUGGAUGAGAGAGCGCCCCCUGGUGACGUCGUGAACACGGUGGCUCGAAUCAUGUCUGGAGGCGGAGCUGAUCAUCACAAUCCUCAUGAGCUACUUGGAACCAGUGACAUAGACAGUAUUAUAGUGAAGCUGAGGGAGCACGAGGAAUUCUUUCCUGCGUUUCACUCUCUAGUCCUCGAGCUGCUGAACACUCUGGGUGCUGAGAGUCUGGAUGACAUUUUACCUCGAGUCAGGACCCUGAAAUCCAUGACGGAGUGACAUGAACACAAACACUGUUAUUAAAAUCACUGUAUAGUUUUAUUUAUUAAAUCAUCUCAG